CAUAAAAUUCUUCUCAUUCUUCUAAUUCAAAUCAGAGGAGGCCUUUGUGCUGGUCGGAGUCGGACUGAUAAAUCUACUGCUGUUCCCGGUUGAAUUCGGGAGAUAUGUUGGAGGGCCAGUCUUAUCUGAUUUCGAGGGCCUUGCCAAGCUCCUGUGAGCAAGAGAGUAAGUGGGCUUACAUGACUUACCAUCUCAUUGAGGUCUCAAAUGGAAAGCGUCAUUUAGAAGAUGAAGGGGAAGAAGCAUUUGGGCAGAGAAAGUCAUCUGACGCGCAUCAGAGAGAGGAAAUGAUUCAACCCCUGCAUAAUCUCUCCCAGCCUUCUGAAGACCAACCUCAUAGUAAGCGUCAUCGUGGGGAUCAAUCAGAUUCGAAUUCCCUCACCCAGCCCAUUUGCCAGGACGGCCCGAUGAACUGCCUUCCUGACAUGCAUCAGAGAGAAGUAAUGUCUCAAAACCGGCAUGAUCUCUACCAGUCUCCUGAAGUCCAAUCUGAUAGUCAGCAUCAUGGUGGGGAGCAAUCUGAUUCGAGUACCCUCAUCCAGCCUGUUGGCCAGGAAAUCUUAAUUAACUGCCUCCUUCAUGCCCAUCACGCAGAUGAAAUGACUCAAAGUUUGGGUGAUCCCUCCCAACUUCCUGAAGACCAAUCCAAUUAUAGGCGUCAUCAUGGGGAUCAAUCAGAUUUGGAUUCCCUCAUCCAGCCCAUUGGCCGGGACAACUCGAUCAAUAGUCUCCUUCUCUGUUCAAGGUCAGAUUAUGGUUUACUGGCCUCCCUGAAUCGGAGUUUUCGUUCUUUGAUUCGAAGUGGGGAGCUUUAUAGGCUAAGGCGGAUGAAGCAGAUAAUCGAGUACUGGGUUUAUUUCUCUUGCCAGCUCCUUGAGUGGGAGGCAUUUGAUCCCAUUCGUCGCCGAUGGAUGCAUUUGCCAAGAAUGCCUGCAAAUGAGUGUUUCAUGUGUGCUGAUAAGGAGUCCCUGGCUGUGGGUACUGAGCUUCUGGUAUUUGGGAAGGAGGUGACUUCUCAAGUGAUAUAUAGAUACAGUAUUUUGACAAAUUCCUGGUCGUCUGGCUUGAAGAUGAAUGCUCCCAGAUGCUUGUUUGGGUCUGCCAGCCUUGGGGAGAUCGCGAUUCUAGCUGGAGGAUCUGACUCACUGGGGAAUGUCUUGGAUUCAGCAGAGCUUUAUAACUCAGAGACUGGAACUUGGGUGACACUCCCAAGCAUGACAAAGCCAAGAAAGAUGUGCUCUGGGGUAUUUAUGGAUGGGAAGUUCUAUGUUAUUGGGGGAAGCAAUUCAGUGCCACUCUCAUGUGGAGAAGAGUAUGAUUUGCAGACUGGAAUUUGGCGUGUAAUCCCCGACAUGUUUCCCAUACAGAGUGGAGCAAAUGGAGGAACAGCACCACCUCUGGUUGCAGUUGUAAAUAAUGAGCUGUAUGCAGCUGAUUAUGCAGAGAACGAGGUGAGGAAAUAUGUAAAGGAUAGUAACUCAUGGAUCACCCUUGGUAGGUUGCCUGAGCGGGCAUCCUCAGUGAAUGGUUGGGGGCUUGCAUUUAGGGCAUGUGGCAGCCAGCUUAUUGUUAUUGGUGGACCUAGGAAUUUGGGUGGAGGGAUUAUAGAGCUCAAUUCAUGGUCCCCGAAUGAAGGCCCACCACAGUGGAACCUGCUAGCCAGCAAGCAUUUAGCGAGUUUUGUUUAUAACUGUGCUGUGAUGGGUUGCUGAUGGGGAAUUGGGUUUUGGUGACACCAUGUGCAUUAUGUGGUGCCUCACAAUGGAUGAGAUGUAGAAGAUGGUCUUAAAAGAUAGGAUCCUGGCUAGUGGGUAAUCUCUGCCUUUUUUUUAUUCCUGGGAAAUUUCAAGUUUUACUCCAGAUUUAAUAGAAUGUUUUCUUGUAAGGAGGUCUUGAUUUUUUCUUCUCUCCCCCCCCCUUUCUCUUUCUAUUUUUGUUGUUAUUUCUUUUUAUUUUAUUUUAUUGAAUUUGCAUCUUCAUCCAUUGUAUCGACCAAAGCUUUGAAAGGUGCUCAUCAUGUAGCAAAAUGACAAGUUAAUAAUUGAAGCUCCAAUACAAUGAUAGGUUGUCAGGAAUGCUUGCACAUGUUUCUUGAGCAUUGCAGAGAUAUUUCUAUUGAUCUCA